AUGAGUAGGGCUAGUAGAAUAACGUUCACAGUUUCAUGUCUAAUAACAGCAGCGACGGUCGUCGGCGUUCAUUAUGUGCAAGAAAUGGAGAGGGAAACCCUUCACCAGGGUCCGAUAAAGGAUGCUAAACGAGUUGAAGAGAAAAGAUUGAGAAACCUAGAUGGAGCUACUCCAUCUGAUCCUACAAAGGAAAGAAAAAGAUACUUCAACAUGAGUGAGCAUGAGGAACAAAAAGAGUUGCGAAAAAAAUAUGAGAUGAUGCAGCCGCUUAGUGGAGAGGUUGUUACAAAGGGCGGAGAGGUGGUAAAGGGAUCUAAAAAGUAA